CGGCACGCCAGGCAGCGCCACGAUCUUCGCCGAGCAUGCAGUUUGGUCCCCAGUUUUCAAGCAGUUCUCUUCGUACAUACAGCUUCGUUGCCUCCUCAGUCGUUGGCCAAUCAGCGACGCCCUGACCUCUGCUUGCGAACUCCCGGUCAGCGAUGCCCUGCAUACCUUAAACGUACCAUGACCUCAGAACACGAGAAUCGCAACUUCACGAACCAUUCAGCAAUUUUUGACAUCUCCACAUAACACUUCUGAACCCAGACUUUGGAUGCUUCGAUAUUAACGAACCAUGGCGGUACUUGCAGCGAUACUGCCAGUUGUCUCCCGCAGUUCUUGUCUUGCGCUAGACCUGUAUCAAUUCGCCGCCUCGUCGCCUGGAGAGGCAAAGGACCUUGUGAAGGCCGCAAAUGCGAUCAACAAUUUCGCUUCAAUUUUGAAGCAGGUCGGAACAAUCAUCAAGGAAGACGAUCGGUUACCUUCUUUCGAGGCUCUCGACGUACUCGAAGAUGCCACUGUGCAGUCCCAGACUGUCUUGAAGGAGAUCGAGAAUGCGACUGAGCUUCGCAGGAAUGAGCAAACCGAAGAAACAGAUGAAGCUCGAUCUUCAAAGGGUCAUCCGCGCAGCGGGUCGCUGAAUGUGACAAGGCUGGCCUGCUUUGCCGCGCAUCUUGAGUGCUUGAGGUUGACCCUAGCUGUUCUCCUGCAGACUUUGUACACCGCUCAAAGUAUCAUGUGGUCAAAACUUCGCCCUACAGUGUCGCCAAAACAAGCUGCCAAAGCAGUGGCAAACGAGAAGAUUCAGCUCCAAACACUCAUCAUUGAGCAGCAGAUGUCGAUACUAUCUGCAACAGUGCUCCACAACCAGGUGCCUCGUCAAGACGCUCGAUUCUUAAUGGAAUCAGACAGCUCCCAGAGUCUCGUCAUAACAGGACGCGAAAAUACAUCGCCGAACUCAAACCACCUGUAUCAGUACCAGGAUAAGUAUCUAGGAAGUCUUGAUACAUCCGGAUCUACGGAGGAAGGAUGGCUACCGACUGUUUGUAGCAUCGCUGGCCCGAGGACUGAGCUGCUGCUGGAGAGAUGGACUAGUCUGCCAGACUUUGAUCAACGCCUCCGUGAUGCAGAACGUAAGGCCCGUACUCAAAAGCACGAGAAUCAGCAGGCAACCGUCGAAUCAGACAGCGAAGAGGAGGAGAGGCAAAGGUACGGGCCCAACGGUGCAGGCCUAGCUUCACCACCACCUCAACGAUCUGGUAGCGUACAGCCGCUUUUUAUGGACACAACUACUCUACCUAUCCCAGUGCCAGGCUCUAAGUUCGGACCAUCAGCUCCAAUGUCGCCAGCAGCUUCGCCGAGAGCUUCCCGUACGACAUUAGAGAUACCUGUGUCGCCCCGCACCAGCAUAGGCAGCUUACCGGUCGAAGCCGCAGCAGCAGUCGAAGCCAAAGAGGAAGAUGACGACCUCGAUCUUGAAAUACCAUGGACUCUGCGUACCCAGAAGUACGAGUGGAGGUUCAUUGAUGGCAAAGUUGUUGGCUCGAAUACCGACCUGCCCUUUUCAGCUGCAUAUGCCGAGCGACGAAGUUGGACAGAAGUUCUGGCGAGCUGGGCCUGUAAAGAGGCCAUUCAGGAAGCAGGCUACAAGUUCACGCAGGUGCAGAAAGAGAGAAAGGACGGGCGCAGGACGAAGUUCGAUACUUGCUUCUGCAUCGAGCAGCCGCUGAAGUUCGACCAAGUCAAACGCCUGGUUGAACGGACUGUUGAGUUAUACCGAAAGAAUGUGUCACCGACUCCACCACCACAACCAGCACUACCGCGCGUCCGACGUACCUCCUUUGAUCGACCACCUCCUGGUCCACCGCCAAGCUACCUGGCUAAGAUGGCUGCGCAAGACCGUGAUCGGACACCUACUGCAAGUAGACCACAGAUGCCUUUAGAAAGAUCGUCCAGCACAGUGGCAUACCGUCCACCACCGCCGCCACUAGACCGCUCGAUGUCUAUGCCGGGCCCAGGGAUGGUCCCUCCACCGCCAUAUCCACCGAGUAUCAACUCGCAAGCACCCACUCGACCUGUGGCAAUGCCAACACCAGGACCAAUGCCAAUGACUAACGGCCAAUACUCCUCAUUGCCGUCUCAAAGCCUCUACCCUCCACAAAUACCCCCUCCACCACCAAACGCGCAGCAGUACCCAUACCCACCUCCACCACCGGGUGCACCCUACAGCAACUACCAGCUUCCGUCACCUACGCAACUCUACGCCAACCCAUCGGGCCCACAGUCACCGAUGCGCCAGUCGCAUUUUGUUCCUAGGUCGACGGACAGGUAUGACGACGAUUCGAUGACCUCUGAUUCCGGAAGUGGAGAACGGAGAAGACGUAGAUCGAAGUCGAGGAAGAGAUAUGAGAAAGAGGUCGAAGGGAAGAAGAAGAAGUAUGGGAAGAGUGCGGCUGUGGGGACGUUGAUGGGUAUUGGAGGGUUGACGGCGUUGCUUGAUGGGUUGGGUGGGCUGUGAGUUAUGCAUGGCGAUUUUUUCUUCUUUAUAGAUUAGUGGGACGAUUAGAUGCACGAAUCUUUUGACUACGCCAGCGUCACACAAUUUCCAUAUCACAAAUCUCAUCUUUUAAAUCCA